CAACCAUUUCAUGGUGUAAUUGGGAACUAUCUAUCUAUCUAUUUGCUUCGAACCGGCCUCGAGUAAUCAUCUAUCCGAUAUUAAUCCCCUGUUUGUGUAGCAAGUAAAUAUGAAGAAGAUUGUGUUGAAAGUGUGCAUCAACUGUGACAGGUGCCAAACCAGCAUUAUGAAAUCAGUCGCACGGCUCAACGGGAUACAAUCGCUGGCGUUGGACGCGGAGAAGAGCACGCUGACGGUGGUGGGGGACGUGGACGUGUUGCGGGUCGGGAAGGAGCUGAAGAAGGCAGGGAAGGCGGUGGAGGUCGUGAGCGUCGAACCGAAAAGAGAGGAGAAGAAAGAAGAGAAGGAAGCAUCAGGAACCAGCAAGCUUCUGCCUCCAUGCUGCAGCACUUGCAGGUCACAUGGUCUGAGCCAUGUGGUUUUUGUUGAAGAGUUGCUGCCAUUUGGGUGCAACAUACUCUAGCUAAAGCUCUAUGCAACUCUCUGACCAGUUGGAUCAAAUGAUGUGUUUUUAGAAAAAAUUUGAACAUUUCUGAGGAUGUUUUGGAAGAUGUGAAUAAAAUUUAGUGUGUUGUUUAUCCUUGUUAUGUGUGGUUAACUGGUGAAU